AUUUUUUGUACUUCUUUCAUCUCUAGGAAGUUGAUUGCAGGAAUUGACGAGUGCUGAGGGAUGAUUUUCUCUUGCCGUGGCCUGAGGAGAUGAUCAUAAAACGAGUCUUCUGGGUGAGAAAACAAAGGGAGGGCGCAACUAAAACGAUGUCGCUUUGUUCUCGUCCUAUCUAGCACAAGAGGGAGGGGGGCGGGAGUUGUACCAGCAUUUUGCUGCCCAGAAAUAGGUAUGGAGUUGAAGGCUGCUUAAUUUAGGGCUUGGUGGAGAAAUACUCUUUCAAACAUCAAUUUGUUAGACGUAUGUUGUUAAAAAUUGUGUAAUUAAUUAAAUAUUAAAGAGUUGGAGAAAAAAUGGAGCAUAGUUUAUGGAAUCAUUUGCCGUUACUAGUAAGAGCAAACUCUAAAGAAUCAGUAGAGUGCAUUCUUCAAGCUCUCUGGCGAACUCGUCAAACUGGUCUCGAUUCCGCCGACCGACUUGUCAUUCGCGACAUCCUCCAACUCCCAAACGACACCGAUCUCGACCCCUUAUUGGUUUGUCUUCGAAUGCUGAUUCGAAGGUGUGUGUACGAGAAUGUAAGCAAAGAUGAUAUUCAGAAGUUGUUUCCUGAAGAGGUUUUGCCGGAAUUGCAAAGGUUGUUGACGCUUUUACUUCAAAAGUUUCAGACAGAGUGGCGAGCGGAUGUGUUCAAAGAUCAGGUUGAUUUUCCACGGUUGAAGGCAAUGACAUGGAAUAUGGCGAACCAGGAUGCAACGGAAGGGACUGAUCCUGUCGCUGUUAUCAAUUUGAAGCUUCAAGAUGAUACACAGUCUCACUCAGAAGUGAAGUUCCAAUUAGGUAAAGAUACUCUAGAAACAAUGGUAAAGUCUAUGUACUGCAUAAGAGACCAAUUGUCUGACUUGGGUGGGGCAUCAAAUAGGCAGUUAUCUCAGGGAACCAACAUAGUCUAGGAAGUUAGUAACUCUUGCUUGUAGCAAUGCCUGAAAUGGAAUGGUAUGGGCCAUGUCUUUGACUUGGAAUCUAUCCGCUGCAAGAUUUGACAUGGUAUGUUGUUAUAUUGAUUAAACUAUAGCAAAUUAUGCGGAGAUGUGAAGAUUUUAUAUUGUUUAUUGCUGUUGGGGGCACAAUAUCUUAACUGUAAUGGUCAAGGUUUUGUUCACCAGAAGAUGUCUCUGAACCAGUUACACUUUGGACAUUCUUUUUACACAUGCAGUGCCCCACCACUUGAAAGAGAGAAACCUUUUGUUGAUCAGGAGCAAGAAUCAUUGGGAUUCUUUUGGCAAUAAAGAACAUUUAGACAUGUAACCGUGCUUAGUAGUUUGUAUUGUGGAGUCAGUGAUGAUGUUACUGGUGAAUGGUUUGUUGGUCAUGUCACUCAUGGCAUGUAACUAUGCUUAGCAGUUUGUAUUAGGAAUGAAUUUUAGUUUUUGGGAAAAAAUAAUUGAAUCCUUUGACAAAA